AUGGCUUUGCCCAAGGUCACACAGCCAGGCGAGCGGACAGUUCAAGUGGCCGCAGUCACUGUGCCUGAGGCUGUCCAUGCCGCUGCACACCAGGAUUUUUUAAUCCAUGUGUGUUUAGUAGUUCUUCUUUCUUCUUCUUCCCUUGUUCGCACAGCCUGUGGCACAGGGACACAUAGGAGGCAGGUGACUGACCUUCUGGACCAGAGCAUCCAAGUUCAUUCCCAGUGCUUCGUCAUCACUUCCGACAACCGCUAUAUUCUCGUCUGUGGCUUCUGGGAUAAGAGUUUCCGGGUCUACUCCACAGACACAGGAAAAUUGAUCCAAGUGGUGUUUGGCCAUUGGGAUGUCGUCACUUGCCUAACUCGCUCUGAGUCAUACAUAGGGGGAAAUUGCUACAUUCUCUCUGGGUCACGUGAUGCAACCCUCCUUCUGUGGUACUGGAAUGGAAAAGGCAAUGGGAUUGGAGAUAACCCAGGCAGUGAGACCGCCACUCCACGGGCCAUCCUCACGGGCCAUGACUAUGAGAUCACCUGUGCUGCCGUCUGCGCUGAGCUGGGUCUGGUGCUGAGUGGUUCUCAAGAAGGGCCAUGUCUCAUACAUUCCAUGAAUGGAGACUUGUUAAGGACUUUAGAGGGUCCUGAAAACUGCCUGAAACCAAAACUCAUCCAAGCGUCACGCGAGGGUCACUGUGUCAUCUUCUAUGAAAACGGCUGCUUCUGCACCUUCAGUGUGAACGGGAAGCUGCAGGCCACCAUGGAGACCGAUGACCACAUAAGGGCCAUGCAGCUGAGCAGAGAUGGGCAGUACCUGCUCACAGGAGGAGACAACGGCGUGGUUAUAGUGCGGCAGGUGUCGGACCUCAGGCAGCUCUUUGCCUACCCGGGCUGUGAUGCUGGAAUCCGGGCCAUGGCCCUUUCUUUCGACCAGAGGUGCAUCAUUUCUGGCAUGGCUUCGGGGAGCAUCGUUCUGUUUUACAACGACUUCAACCGCUGGCAUCAUGAGUACCAGACCCGAUACUGAUGGUGGUGAAUGCACCUUGGUCCUGUCCCCGGCUGAGCGAGGAAGGACUCCGAGCAUCACCCCGUAGAGAUGGCUCUCACAUCUGAAUGUAACCUAAAUUUGCCUGAACAAGCAAAAUAUUUUUAAAAGUUAAUUGCUAUUUUUGUAGACUUUGCUUGACAUUUGGGGGGGUGGGAAACAGCAAAGCAGAGAACCGACUGCUGGUUUCUGUAGUUUAAAAAAAUCUAUAUUUUUAGUCAUAAUGAAAAGUCUAUUUUCACCAAUUAUGGAUACAGACAGUGGAGCCAAUAACCCCACUAAUUCUAACUAUGUUGUGAAAAACCAUUUCCCGUUUAUCUGGAAUCUUGAGAAAUCUGAUUUUAGCAAUAGGGAAAUGGACUCUAACACUGGGACAGGGGAAUUUUAUUCUGUACCGGGUCCUGUAUUUUUCUAGACAAUUGUGCUUCUUCAGUGCUGGAAUUUCUAGGAUUUUAAUAGUAAUGUUUAAAUUAUGACAAAUGUAAUUUAAAACAUCUCAGUGAAUUAUUUCUAUAUUCUUCUUCUUCAAGCAUGUGUUAGAACUAGAAAAUUAUGGUUUGGGGAAGGUGAUUUUGUUUUACUGUGUGGUAAACAGCAAAGAUCUAAGUUAUAGCAAUCAUAAAAUAGUCCCUGCUUUUUCCUGGCCUGGCCUCCUCAUGCACAAGGGAGAUGAUGGAGACGCUCUUGGGCUCACACCCUGUUUUCUUUUAUGAGUAAAUGUAAGUACCAAAGCCUGCCCAAGGUCACGUGCCCUGCAGUGAGGCAGAGCUGGGGAGCUCCCCCCCACCCCCACGACCUCAACCCCCACCAUCCUGGCAUGAGAUCAGGGCUACCAGGUACUGUGCUGAGCAUCACCCACCCACCCACCCUCUAUUUGUUAUGGAACUCUAUCUUCCUUUUGAUUAGCAGUUUGUACGAAGAAACAAUGUUAUUUGGGUGUCAUAUAAUUCUACUUUUUUCUAGUAGAUUGCUGUAUGGAAUUCUGUGAAAAUGUUUGAGAAAAGGUCUGUAUUACAUAAAUAAAAUCUUUGUAUGUUGUGAA